AUGAAAUUCAUGGAAAUAACACACAUACUAAAAACAAAUGAGCUCUUCAAGAAAUAUAUGGAGUUUGUUUCGGGCAAGCUGAUUGAAAUAGAAGCUUACAGCUGCAAAAAGUCAAAAGAAGAAAGGAUGAUUCGCAGAAUCAAGAAGCCCCUACGAUUUUUUAUAAGUGCGCUAGAAAUGUCAUUCAUUCACUAUGAUUUCAGCAAGUUGAAUAUGGGGAUGUUUGAAAAGGUCGAUUUCAACGCAUUUUGCCAAGAUUUAUACAAUUUCAUGUUCUACGUGUGCAAAUGCAAAGAUGAAGCAAAUGAGUGCAUUGAAUAUGUCAAAUUGGUGUUACAACAUUGUGUGAAUGUGGAUGGUGCUGCGAUUUAUGGAUUCAAAUUCCACGGAGAUGAGCCAGGAUCUGUUUAUUUGAUUUACAACAAAUCUAUGAAGAGAAUCCUUCUGGUCAAGACACUUGACAGGCAAAAUAUAACAUUAAAUGCAUCAUACUAUGUGAAUAUUAUGCUAUAA